AAAAUGUGGGAUGUAGUUGGUUUGUGCAUGGGAGCUUUGGUUGCUAUAAUGAUAAGUCAUUGGUUGUACAGAUGGCAGAACCCAAAGUGCAAAGGAAAGCUACCGCCUGGUUCAAUGGGCUUGCCUCUUAUUGGAGAGACCCUCCACUUCUUUUAUCCAACCACUACCUAUGACAUCCCACCAUUCAUCAAAACUAGAAUGACAAGAUAUGGAUCGUUAUUUCGCACUAGCAUUGUUGGGCAGAAAGUAAUCGUGUCGACUGACCAUGAAUUCAAUUACCAAAUAUUUCAACAAGAAGGAAAGUCUUUCAAGAUUUGGUACUUGGAGACUUUCAACAAGAUUGUUGGAGAAAAUCAAAGCUUGCUAGCUUAUCAAGGAACAUUUCACAAGUACCUUAAGAACUUGAUUUUACACCUUCUUAGCCCUCAGAACUUGAAGGAACGUCUUAUUCUUGAGAUGGGUCAAUGCACUCGCAGCCAUAUCCUUACAUGGGUUAAUCAUGGGGGCAUCGUGGACGUAAAAGAAGGAGCCUCAAACAUGGUAUUUGAAUUUAUUGUUAAGAAGCUCCUAAGUUAUGAAGAAAUGAAGGAGGGAAAGAAAUUGAAAGAGAACUUCAACUCAUUCAUGGAUGGCCUAAUAUCUUUUCCAUUAAACAUCCCAGGAACUGCUUUUCAUACAUGUAUACAGGGACGAAAUAAUGUCAUUAAAGCAAUAAAAGAUAUUAUAAACGAAAGGAAAGCUUCAAAGACAAUUAAGGGUGAUUACUUGGACCAUUUACUUGAAGAAAUGGAGAAAGAUGACAAAUUCCUAAAUGAAGCAAUUGCUGUAGACAUGAUUUUUUUGAUUCUCUUUGCUUCUUUUGAGACCGCUUCAUCAACAAUUACAUUAGCCAUUAAAAUGAUUUCUGAUCAUCCUCAAGUGCUAGCUCAACUAACGAAAGAGUACGAGACAAUAAUUAAAAGUCGGGGCUGUGAUUUUCAUGAAAACUCCGAGAUCACAUGGGAAGAAUACAAAGCAAUGACUUUUACUCAUAUGGUUAUCAAUGAAGUAGUCCGGCUUGCAAAUAUUGUGCCAGGAAUCUUUAGAAAAGUUGUGAAUGAUGUUCAGAUAAAAGGAUAUACAAUUCCGGCAAAUUGGUUAGUUAUGGUUGUUCCAUCAGUGGCUCAUUUGAGUGACAAUAUUUAUAAAGACCCUCUUAAAUUUAAUCCCUGGCGAUGGCAGGGAAAAGAAUUACACACAGGAUCCAAGACUUUCAUGGCCUUUGGUGGCGGUGCCAGGCUUUGUGUGGGAGCUGAUUUCGCAAAGCUGGAAAUGGCUAUUUUCAUUUUUCAAUUGGUUUCAAGAUACAGGUGGACUAUAAUCAAAGGAGGAGAAAUCGUCCGAAAACCUGGUUUGAUGUUUCCUAAUGGAUUACACAUCAAGAUCUCAGAAAAGCACAACAAAGAGAGGUGUCACGGUGUUGGGGAGGUUCGAAGCAAAGGAAGGCUGCGGGGAAGGCUUUUCGCAGCCAUGGUUUUCGACAGUAGUCGGAGAAUGGGUUGUGGAGGACUCGUGGUGAGGCAUGGUGGUUGUAUGAUGGCGACGAUGGAGCAUUUGAGGAACACCCAAUAA